UGUUGGUGAUUAAGACAAUGAGGCAAUCGUCACUGUUGCCACAUCAGUGUGAAUCCCCGGAGCCCGCUAUAAAUGCCCUGAUCGAUGAGGCCGCGCAGAGCCGGGGCAGGAGCGAGCUGUGCUGGGCCGGGGCCGCGCUUGCAGAGAGGAGGAGACACCAAGCCGAACACCAUGUGCUCCCUCACCCGCAUGCUGGCACUGCUGCUGGGCACGUUGCUGUGGGCACCGUGGCGGGCGCUGCACGGGGCACCGCUGGCCGAGCUCUCGGGAGACCACGGAUUCCAGGUCUUCCUGCAGAAGAACCUUGAGUUCACCCGCAAGAUCAAGGGGGACGUAGCCGCGCUGCAGCGCGUGGUGUGCGACACUUUCCAGCUGUGCAAGGAGGAAGAGCUGCUGCUGGUGCGGCAGGACCUGGGCAUCACACAGGCGCCGCUGGAGCAGUGCCACAGCCGCACCUUCCAGGCGGAGGCCUGCUUCAGCCAGAUCCGCGACGGGCUCCGCGUCUACCACGGCUCCCUCGCCGCCGUCCGGGAACUGCUGCCCGGGCACACCGGGCUGGUGGAGACCCUGCAGCUGGACGCUGCCAACCUCUCCUCCAACAUCCAGCAGCAGAUGGAGGACCUGGGUCUGGCCACGGUGACGUACCCCACGGAGGGCCGGGGCCCCCUCCCCGCCUUGUCCUCCCACUUCCACCACCAGGUCGGCGGCUUCUUCGUCCUGGCCAACUUCCAGCGGUUCCUGGAGACGGCGUACCGGGCGCUGCGGCACCUCACCCGCCUCUGAUGCCUGGCCCUGCACCACCGCACCCUAUUUAUUUAUGUCCCAGCCCGAGUGACCUUCCCCGGGAGAGCCUGGCUUUUCUGCUUAUUUAAUAUUUAUCGCUAUUUAAUAUUUAUCUGGCUGGGGAUGCUCCCCCGCCCCUCGGUCCCCGAGCAGGGCAGCCAGCCCUGCGGUGGCAUCCGUGCACGGGUAUCUGUGCGCAGCAUCACCCUUGUUUAAUAUUUAAACAAAAGCGUAUCUCUGCUACGAGGUUCGGGAGCUGGGCUGAGCCCCCGCAGCUGCCGCAGGCACCGCGUGUGCCUCAGUUUCCCCAUGGCUCGCACAAGGCGCUGCGGGUACCCCUGCAGCGUCCCACCUGGCCAAGGGGAAACCGUCUUCAUCUGUGGAUGAAGAUGCUUCAGAGCAGCAUCUCCCUGCCUGGGCUGCAGCCUGCAGGGACAGAUCUGACAGGUGUUAUUUCUAUUAGGCAUAGUUACAUUAAUUCAUAUUUAUUAGCCAUUAGGUAAGAGGGAGGGAGGGGAGGACAGAGGUGCUGUAGGGAUGCAGCGGCCUCCCAGGAUGAGGCUUUUCUAGGGGAGCCCCAGCACCUCUGGGGGGCUCCAUCUCCGCUCUGCCAGCGCCCGUCCCCCUUCCCUGCUAAACUCAGUGUAUUUAUUGCAGUUUAACUUAUUUGCACCCACCUCCUGGCCCGGGGGAGCAGCUCUGCGCUGUCGCAGCGAGCAAGGCACGGCGGGACACAGUCUUGUCCUCCCGGAGCCCAGCACAGCCCCCCAGUCUCGUGGCUGUGCCGACAGCUCCCACCGGCCCACGCAGGCGUAUUUGCGUACUGGAAAUUUCACAGCCCGCCCCGGCAGGGGCUCUCAAGCGGUGUGUUUUGUACUGUAUUUAUUGCUGCAGCUGGGUGAGCCCCAGAGAAAUACGUGCUAUUUUUUUAUAUGCAAUAAAAAUGGAAAUAAACUCUA